AUGUUGUGUUUAUUUGCAGAGCUUGCCCUUGCAGCCAUCUUUUUCUUGAAUGCCAUGUGUGAUUUUUGGAAGUACGUCAAGUAUACAGUGGCGCCGACCGUUGUUGUAUUAAACACUGAACAGAUGGGACUUCUGGGUUUGCAGAACACUUCUUUAAAACAGUCCUUUCCACUACCUGAACCAGCAAUAAAAGAAGUCCCUGUCCUUGCAUCCUCUCCAGUGAUACAAGGCCAGAGCGUACUGAGUUAUAGUCCUUCCCGGUCUCCUAGUGUAAGCCCAAAGUUUUCUCCUGGCUGCAUUCCUGGAUACAGUCCUUCACUGCAGAGUAACAUCAGUGGUAGUGGAUCUUUUGCUUCCACUUUAGGGUAUUCACCAAGCAGCAGCUUUAGCAAGACUCCAAGUGGUAAUACGUCUUCAGCAUCCUCUUCUUACCCGAGCAGUAUUGGCCCAGCAGAAGGCAGUGGUUUGAGAGCUCGGUACCGUUCCUCACCCACUGCAUACAACUCCCCAUCUGUAAAUGAAGACUACAUGACAGAAGUGAAGACACUUGAGAAUUUCUUGCGUUCAGAAGAAGAAAAACAUCACCGCACUCAGCUGGGAAACUCAGAUUCUAGUUCUCCUUCGAAUAGCCCGACUUUCUGGAAUUAUAGCCGGUCUGUUGGAGACUAUUCGCAGACACUUCGUAAGUUUCAGUAUCAGCUUGCCUAUAGGUCUCAGGCUCCUUCUGCAAACAAGGAUGAAACUGACAUUGGUUCCAAGCAGGCUGCAGAAGAAGUCUGGGCAAGAAUUGCAGUAAGUCGCCAGCAGUUAGAUCAGAUUGAUUCCUGGACUGCCAAACUACGAAAUUGGAUUAGCGAAACCAUCCUUGUGUCUUUGGUUCAAGAGAUUGAUUCAGUUAAUACACAGCUGAGGAGACUGGGCUGUCCAGAUCUGCAGAUAGGAGGUGUAAGUUUGUCCAGCAAAAAACAGGCCGCCUAGGUUCAAAGCUGUCUACAACCAAGCUUGAACACAACUUCCCAGAUGGCUUUCCUCACGCCAGAGAAACAAUACUUAGUAAAAAGAGUUAAAGAACUGUCUCAAGGAGGUUGCAUGAGUUCAUUUCGGUGGAAUGGAGGGGGUGACUUCAAGGGUCGAAAGUGGGACACUGACCUACCAACUGAUUCUGCUAUUGUAAUGCAUAUAUUUUGCACAUAUCUUGAUUCUAUGCUACCUCCUCACCCAAAAUAUCCUGAUGGGAAGACUUUUACUUCUCAACAUUUUAUGCAGAUGCCCGAUAAACCAGAUACCUCAAAUGAGAAUUUGUUUUGCAUCUAUCAGAGUAGCAUUAAUCCUCCUCACUAUCAGCUUAUCCAUCAGGGACACUGCUACAACUUACCAAGGGGGAGAAAUAAUUUGUUUCAUACUAUCCUUAUGCUGUUAUACAUCAUCAAAACGAAAGAGUCUGGAAUGCUUGGGUAA